AUGGGGACCGGAGGUUCAGGUUUCACUGUUAUCCCUACUUCCAGCAUUAAUCUGUCCCAUUAUUCUGCAUACCAUGCAAAUCAGAUCUUUGGACCUGACGGAGGUAUCCUCCCUGCUUUUUUAGGCAUUCUACCACAAGCAAUUAUACUCAUUCCGGACGGUGCAUUGGAUGCAUCAAAACUCGGUCCUAGUUUACCUCAGAAUAUAGGAGACAGUCACAUACUUGUCCCUAAUGCACCCAGCGGAACACCAGGAAGCAGUGGACCUCAGUAUGGUCAAGUGAUAGGGCCUCAGGGAACUUAUCAGCCGUCAAUAGUUUCACUUGUUCCAAAAACCCCUGGGCGUGGUCAAAAUGAGAGCUUUGGUGGAACAGCAGGCCUAAAUGGUAUCGAUAUCGGAAUAACCUCUGGGGGUUCUUAUGGUCCUGGAGGAGUUACUGGAGGAGCUGGUAGUCCUUAUGGACCAUCAAGAGUCAGUGGAGGAGCAGCACAGGGUCCAAGUGGAGGAUUCAUGUUCAACGGUACAUUUAUCGCUCCAAGCGGAUCCUACCUGAUCGUGCUACCAAGUGGUGCUUCAGUUGUGGUAUCUGGAUCUCUAAUCUCACCAAAUCUUAGCAACCCUAGCAGUGUCUUGGUGUCUUAUGGUGGAUCUAUUCAAGUUGUCUUCAGUGUAUCUGCUGCUGGAGGAGCAGCCGGUCCAAGUGGUCCAUCUGCUGGUGGCAUUGAUAUCGAUGUUAGUUAUACCUCUGGAGGAGCUGGAGGUGUUGGAGGUGCUGGUGGAGUUACUGGAGGAGCUGGUAGUCCCUAUGGACCAUCAGGAGUCAGUGGAGGAGCAGCACAGGGUCAAAGUGGAGGAUUCAUGUUCAACGGUACAUUUAUCGCUCCAAGCGGAUCCUACCUGAUCGUGCUACCAAGUGGUGCUUCAGUUGUGGUAUCUGGAUCUCUAAUCUCACCAAAUCCUAGCAACCCUAGCAGUGUCUUGGUGUCUUAUGGUGGAUCUAUUCAUGUUGUCUUCAGUGUAUCUGCUGCUGGAGGAGCAGCCGGUCCAAGUGGUCCCAGUGGUCCAUCUGCUGGUGGUAUUGAUAUCGAUAUUGGUUUUACCUCUGGAGGCGCUGGAGGCGCUGGAGGUGCUGCAGGUGCUGGAGGAGUUACUGGAGGAACUGGUAGUCCUUAUGGACCAUCAGGAGUCAGUGGAGGAGCAAUACAGGGUCCAAGUGGAGGAUUCAUGUUCAACGGUACAUUUAUCGCUCCAAGCGGAUCCUACUUGAUCGUGCUACCAAGUGGUGCUUCAGUUGUAGUAUCUGGAUCUGCAAUCUCACCAAAUCCUAGCAACCCUAGCAGUGUCUUGGUGUCUUAUGGUGGAUCUAUUCAAGUUGUCUUCAGUGUAUCUGCUGCUGGAGGAGCAGCCGGUCCAAGUGGUCCCAGUGGUCCAUCUGCUGGUGGCAUUGAUAUCGAUAUUGGUUUUACCUCUGGAGGCGCUGGAGGUGCUGGAGGUGCUGGAGGAGUUACUGGAGGAGCUGGUAGUCCCUAUGGACCAUCAGGAGUCAGUGGAGGAGUAGCACAGGGUCCAAGUGGAGGAUUCAUGUUCAACGGUACAUUUAUCGCUCCAAGCGGAUCCUACUUGAUCGUGCUACCAAGUGGUGCUUCAGUUGUAGUAUCUGGAUCUGCAAUCUCACCAAAUCCUAGCAACCCUAGCAGUGUCUUGGUGUCUUAUGGUGGAUCUAUUCAAGUUGUCUUCAGUGUAUCUGCUGCUGGAGGAGCAGCCGGUCCCAGUGGUCCAUCUGCUGGUGGCAUUGAUAUCGAUAUUGGUUUUACCUCUGGAGGCGCUGGAGGUGCUGGAGGUGCUGGAGGAGUUACUGGAGGAGCUAGUAGACCCUAUGGACCAUCAGGAGUCAGUGGAGGAGCAGCACAGGGUCCAAGUGGAGGAUUCAUGUUCAACGGUACAUUUAUCGCUCCAAGCGGAUCCUACUUGAUCGUGCUACCAAGUGGUGCUUCAGUUAUAGUAUCUGGAUCUGCAAUCUCACCAAAUCCUAGCAACCCUAGCAGUGUCUUGGUGUCUUAUGGUGGAUCUAUUCAUGUUGUCUUCAGUGUAUCUGCUGCUGGAGGAGCAGCCGGUCCAAGUGGUCGCAGUGGUCCAUCUGCUGGUGGCAUUGAUAUCGAUAUUGGUUUUACCUCUGGAGGCGCUGGAGGUGCUGGAGGUGCUGGAGGUGCUGGAGGAGUUACUGGAGGAGCUGGUAGUCCUUAUGGACCAUCAGGAGUCAGUGGAGGAGCAGCACAGGGUCCAAGUGGAGGAUUCAUGUUCAACGGUACAUUUAUCGCUCCAAGCGGAUCCUACUUGAUCGUGCUACCAAGUGGUGCUUCAGUUAUAGUAUCUGGAUCUGCAAUCUCACCAAAUCCUAGCAACCCUAGCAGUGUCAUGGUGUCUUAUGGUGGAUCUAUUCAAGUUGUCUUCAGUGUAUCUGCUGCUGGAGGAGCAGCCGGUCCAAGUGGUCCAUCUGCUGGUGGCAUUGAUAUCGAUAUCAGUUAUACCUCUGGAGGCGCUGGAGGUGCUGGAGGUGCUGGAGGUGCUGGUGGAGUUACUGGAGGAGCUGGUUGUCCCUAUGGACCAUCAGGAGUCAGUGGAGGAGCAGCACAGGGUCCAAGUGGAGGAUUCAUGUUCAACGGUACAUUUAUCGCUCCAAGCGGAUCCUACUUGAUCGUGCUACCAAGUGGUGCUUCAGUUGUGGUAUCUGGAUCUCUAAUCUCACCAAAUCCUAGCAACCCUAGCAGUGUCUUGGUGUCUUAUGGUGGAUCUAUUCAUGUUGUCUUCAGUGUAUCUGCUGCUGGAGGAGCAGCCGGUCCAAGUGGUCCAAGUGGUCCAUCUGCUGGUGGCAUUGAUAUCGAUAUUGGUUUUACCUCUGGAGGCGCUGGAGGUGCUGGAGGUGCUGGAGGAGUUACUGGAGGAGCUGGUAGUCCUUAUGGACCAUCAGGAGUCAGUGGAGGAGCAGCACAGGGUCCAAGUGGAGGAUUCAUGUUCAACGGUACAUUUAUCGCUCCAAGCGGAUCCUACCUGAUCGUGCUACCAAGUGGUGCUUCAGUUGUGGUAUCUGGAUCUCUAAUCUCACCAAAUCCUAGCAACCCUAGCAGUGUCUUGGUAUCUUAUGGUGGAUCUAUUCAUGUUGUCUUCAGUGUAUCUGCUGCUGGAGGAGCAGCCGGUCCAAGUGGUCCCAGUGGUCCAUCUGCUGGUGGCAUUGAUAUCGAUAUUGGUUUUACCUCUGGAGGCGCUGGAGGCGCUGGAGGUGCUGGAGGAGUUACUGGAGGAGCUAGUAGUCCUUAUGGACCAUCAGGAGUCAGUGGAGGAGCAGCACAUGGUCCAAGUGGAGGAUUCAUGUUCAACUGUAUAUUUAUCACUCCAAGCGGAUCCUACCUGAUCGUGCUACCAAGUGGUGCUUCAGUUGUGGUAUCUGGAUCUCUAAUCUCACCAAAUCCUAGCAACCCUAGCAGUGUCUUGGUGUCUUAUGGUGGAUCUAUUCAUGUCGUCUUCAGUGUAUCUGCUGCUGGAGGAGCAGCCGGUCCAAGUGGUCCCAGUGGUUCAUCUGCUGGUGGCAUUGAUAUCGAUAUUGGUUUUACCUCUGGAGGCGCUGGAGGUGCUGGAGGUGCUGGAGGAGUUACUGGAGGAGCUAGUAGUCCUUAUGGACCAUCAGGAGUCAGUGGAGGAGCAGCACAUGGUCCAAGUGGAGGAUUCAUGUUCAACGGUAUAUUUAUCACUCCAAGCGGAUCCUACCUGAUCGUGCUACCAAGUGGUGCUUCAGUUGAGGUAUCUGGAUCUCUAAUCUCACCAAAUCCUAGCAACCCUAGCAGUGUCUUGGUGUCUUAUGGUGGAUCUAUUCAUGUCGUCUUCAGUGUAUCUGCUGCUGGAGGAGCAGCCGGUCCAAGUGGUCCCAGUGGUUCAUCUGCUGGUGGCAUUGAUAUCGAUAUUGGUUUUACCUCUGGAGGCGCUGGAGGCGCUGGAGGUGCUGGAGGUGCUGGAGGAGUUACUAGAGGAGCUGGUAGUCCUUAUGGACCAUCAGGAGUCAGUGGAGGAGCAGCACAGGGUCCAAGUGGAGGAUUCAUGUUCAACGGUACAUUUAUCGCUCCAAGCGGAUCCUACUUGAUCGUGCUACCAAGUGGUGCUUCAGUUGUGGUAUCUGGAUCUCUAAUCUCACCAAAUCCUAGCAACCCUAGCAGUGUCUUGGUGUCUUAUGGUGGAUCUAUUCAUGUUGUCUUCAGUGUAUCUGCUGCUGGAGGAGCAGCCGGUCCAAGUGGUCCAAGUGGUCCAUCUGCUGGUGGCAUUGAUAUCGAUAUUGGUUUUACCUCUGGAGGCGCUGGAGGCGCUGGAGGUGCUGGAGGAGUUACUGGAGGAGCUAGUAGUCCUUAUGGACCAUCAGGAGUCAGUGGAGGAGCAGCACAUGGUCCAAGUGGAGGAUUCAUGUUCAACGGUUUAUUUAUCACUCCAAGCGGAUCCUACCUGAUCGUGCUACCAAGUGGUGCUUCAGUUGUGGUAUCUGGAUCUCUAAUCUCACCAAAUCCUAGCAACCCUAGCAGUGUCUUGGUGUCUUAUGGUGGAUCUAUUCAUGUCGUCUUCAGUGUAUCUGCUGCUGGAGGAGCAGCCGGUCCAAGUGGUCCCAGUGGUUCAUCUGCUGGUGGCAUUGAUAUCGAUAUUGGUUUUACCUCUGGAGGCGCUGGAGGUGCUGGAGGUGCUGGAGGAGUUACUGGAGGAGCUAGUAGUCCUUAUGGACCAUCAGGAGUCAGUGGAGGAGCAGCACAUGGUCCAAGUGGAGGAUUCAUGUUCAACGGUAUAUUUAUCACUCCAAGCGGAUCCUACCUGAUCGUGCUACCAAGUGGUGCUUCAGUUGAGGUAUCUGGAUCUCUAAUCUCACCAAAUCCUAGCAACCCUAGCAGUGUCUUGGUGUCUUAUGGUGGAUCUAUUCAUGUCGUCUUCAGUGUAUCUGCUGCUGGAGGAGCAGCCGGUCCAAGUGGUCCCAGUGGUCCAUCUGCUGGUGGCAUUGAUAUCGAUAUUGGUUUUACCUCUGGAGGCGCUGGAGGCGCUGGAGGUGCUGGAGGUGCUGGAGGAGUUACUGGAGGAGCUGGUAGUCCUUAUGGACCAUCAGGAGUCAGUGGAGGAGCUCCUAGUGUUUGUAGUGGUCCAAAUGGUGGACAAUUUGGCGGAACAUUUGCUUUUCCAUACGGUCCAGGUGGUGUUUACGGAGGUUCAGGUUCUGUUCCUGUUGCUCCAGGUGCUCCAAGUGGCCUUGGUGCUGCAGGUGUUCCUGGUUUUGGUCCAAAUAUGUACACAAUGUCCCCAGGAUCUCCUGUGUCUGUGUUUGGCUCACCGGGAUCAUCCGUUCCUACAGAUUCAGAUGGUUCCAGUUCAUCUGAUGAUGAAGCUGAUGCUCCAAACAAACUUCCUUACCCUGGUUCUAACUACGCUCCUACUUUCUUAUCCAGACAGCAACUUCCUCGUGAUGUCAGGCAUUUCCCACUAUAUGUUAUGUUUAAUCCCGAUGGUUCAGUUAAACCAACAUAUGCUCCGCUGAAGAGUGAUCGCCGACCAAUGGUUGUUUUGCCUAAGACUAUGAUGAACCGACCACCUCGACCUGCGGUACCUCAAUUUACGGUCGGGAAUGUCCAGAUUAGUUCCAACAAGUUCUACCAGAUAACAAUAAACGGACAGAUUUCCACUGUUCCUGGUAGACACAUUAGGACCAGGAAGAGCAAGGGUGGAUUCUCUGUUAAACUUAACGGGCACAGAAGGGCGCUUCGUCAGCAUUAUAAGAUUGUUGAGGUCAAUGCGGGAGUUUCUGGUUCUUCGGGUGGUGCUGUUAAUGGUGGUGCGUUUAACGGAGCAAGCGCUACAUACGCUGGAGCAUCCUAUGGAGCUGCAAGAGGUGGAUCGUUCGCUCAGAAUAUGGGGUCUCAAGGUGGUUGUGGAUCAGGAAGAAUGUACUAG